ACUUGACGAAAUUGGUUUGUGGAAGAACUUCGCUAAUGAAUUCCAUGUUUUGGGACAACUUCUAGUCUCUAGACCUAGACUAGAUCUAGAUCUAGAUCUAGAAGAACUAACGCCAAAAGCUAACUUAUUGAAAAAGAAAAUGUAUUGAAAAAUUUGUUUAAAUAAAGAACUGCAAGCUGUGUAAAAUGGCAGACCCUGACCCAAACUCCACUUUUAGAAUUUUGAUCACAUCUGAUGUCCAUCUUGGAUAUAUGGAAAAUGACCCUAUCCGAGGAAAUGACUCAAUUGUUACAUUUGAAGAAAUCUUAUCCAUAGCACGUGAAAAGAAAGUAGACUUUGUCUUACAUGGUGGAGAUCUUUUUCACGACAACAAACCUUCUAGGACAACACUUCAUGCAUGUUUAGCCUUGCUUCGUGAAUAUUGCCUUGGAGACAAACCAGUACAUUUUGAGUACUUAAGUGAUCAAUCUGUAGAUUUUAAACAUUGCAAGUUUCCAACAGUUAAUUAUGAUGAUCCUAAUUUAAAUGUUUCCAUUCCUGUGUUUUCCAUUCAUGGAAAUCAUGAUGACCCAACUGGACCAGGCAAUUUGUGCUCACUUGAUCUGUUACAUACUGCUGGUUUGGUCAACUAUUUUGGAAAAGCAACAGCUUUGGACAAAAUUCAAAUUUCUCCGUUACUUCUACACAAGGGUCAAACAAAACUUGCUCUCUAUGGGCUGGGAUCAAUAAGAGAUGAGCGUUUGCACAGAAUGUUUCUCAAAAAGGAUGUGACUAUGCUGAGACCUAAGGAGAACCAGGACAGCUGGUUCAACAUGUUUGUGUUGCACCAGAACCGAGCUAAACACUCUGCCACCAGUUACAUUCCAGAACAGUUCCUCGAAAGCUUCCUUGACCUUGUCAUUUGGGGACAUGAGCAUGAAUGUAAAUUGAAUAUCCGGGAAGAAAAAGUUGAGUGGAAUCCAGUCCAGGAACUUUAUAUUUGUCAGCCAGGGAGUAGCAUAGCUACAUCUCUUAGUGAAGGUGAAAAAGUUGCUAAACACGUAGGUCUACUUGAAAUAAAUGGCAAAAACUUCAGAAUGCAGUCUAUACCUUUGAAGUCAGUUAGGCAGUUCUACAUGGAUGAUAUUGUGUUGUGCAAGCAUAUCCAACCCACAGAUGCUAAUUCACAGAAAAAGGCAGAAGCUUUUUGUGUUGAAAAAGUUGAGGCCCUCUUGGAACAAGCAGAGGCUGAACAUUCAGGAAGUAGCAAACAACCCAAACAACCACUUAUUCGAAUUAGAGUCGAUUACACAGGAUUUGAUCCCUUCAGUUCUCAGAGAUUUGGACAAAAGUUUGUUGACAGAGUGGCUAAUCCAAAAAUGAUGGUCCAUUUUCAUAGGCAGAAAACUGAAAGAUUAAAAUCAGAUCCUGAAUUAUUUGCAAAAAUCAAGAAUAUUCCUCUGGAUAGCUCAAGAGUUGAGGACAUGGUGGCAAGACUUGUGUCUGCAGAAGGCUACCAGCUGAAACUUUUGAGUGAGAAAGGAAUGGGAGAGGCAGUAAAAGAAUUUGUAGAUAAGGAUGAAAAAGGAGCAAUAGGGGAACUGGUCAAAUACCAGUUAAAAAAGACACAGAUGCAUUUACAAAAUCGCAACACCUCGGAAGAUAGGAUUGAUGAUGAAGUUGUAAGAUUUAAAGAGGAGAGGAGAAAAAAGACUGGUGAAGAAGAAGAGGAAGUAAAAGAGGCCAUAAAAGUGGCCCAAUCCAAACGGGAGUCCCAGGCCAGUAAUGGUGAUGAUGACAUGUCUGAUGAUGAUGUCAGCAACCUGGAUGAAAGCUUGGGCUCUGCUGCUUCAACCACUGGGAGAGGGAGAGGGCGAGGUAGUCGAGGUGGGGGGAAAGGUCGUGGAAGAGGAAGAGGCGCUGAUAAAGAUGAUGAUUUAGACCAGAGCAGUAGCAGACCAGCUCGUGGUAGAGGAUCUCGUGGUGGACGAGGAAGUAGGGGAGGUAAAGCGGCAGUAGUUGCUGAGUCAGGAACUAGGAAAAUUCAGUCCUUUUAUCAGCCAGCAAGCUCAAAGCAAAGUUCACUCAGAGAUGAUGAGGAUUCCAUUAUAUUAGAUGACAGUGAAGAUGAGUGGUCCUCUGUUAGCAACACCAAAACCAGCAGAAAUGUGGGAGCCCGAACUGGAAAAAAAAGAGAAAUAACAUUUGUAGAUUCAGACUCCGAAGAGGAAACAAUGGUUAGGCGGAAAAAGAAAUAACUUUUUCACAAGCUUUUGAAAAUCAGAAAAAUAUUAUCCUAACCACAUUAGCUAUUGAUGAUUCCAGAAGUGCAAUUAAUCACAUCAGCAAUCAUUGUUAAGCUUUCAGACAUUAAGCUUACUAAAAAUCACAUCUCAUGAUAAAAUGUGUAGAUGCUUGUAGAUUAUAUUUUAUUAUGUCAUCUUUACAUUUAUAUUUUAAUGUAAAUCUAAUCUUUUGUUAACAGUAAUAUUUGAUUGACAAGUUUGUAGAAAUAAUGAUUGUAGUAAUGUGAUUAUAUUUUGAAAAUAAUUUAAAAUAAUGCUGAGGUCCAACAUCUUCCUUUACUGUUUCUACAUUGGACAAAAAUAUUAUGUUUUAAUUUUCUGUAAAUAUAGUCCUUAUGAAUAUCAGGAUUUCUUGUACAAAUAUUUUCCCUUCUACAAUUAUAAAUGGAGGAUUGCUUGUUUUUGAAAGAUUUUUAAAAAUUAUCAAAAACUGUACUUUGUAUGCAAAUUUUUAAAAUGGCAGCUUUGAGUGUGUUUGAAAGUUUAAAAAAUAAAUUCUGUUACAAUUUUUAGGUGUUCAUGUAGUAGGCUACUUUAUUAUAAUGGUGCUCUGUUGAGGCUUGAGAAACUACUUAUAAAACCUUAUUUAACAAGGUAUACCAUUUCUACAAAUCCAUUUAGUUUUUGGUCUACAUAAUGUUUUUUACAUUGUAAAUAACAAAAAAAAAUAUCUAUCAUGUUUAAAAAAUGUAAAGGGCAUUUCAAAUACUUUUUUGCUUCUCAAACUUAGGAUUAUCUUUAUUACUUCUAUCAGACUGUUCUAGUUUUUGGGACUUAGGAUUGAGAAAUCUAUUAUUCUUUUUAAUCUUGUUCUGUUGAACAAUGUCCAAACAUUGCAAGUAUAAUAUUUUAAAUUUGAGUAUUGUUUUAUUACUAAUUUCUUUUUUUUUUUACUUCUACUGUACAAGAAAAACCAAAACCAAAA